AUGACUGAGAGAGAGACUGGAAAAGACAAAGAUCAAAGAGAGACCCAGAAGGAGUUUGACUGGCCAAUACAAGGACUGCUAAUUCCGAGCAGUCCUCCUAUGAAGAAACCCAUCUGUAAGACAACAGAGCCAUACACCCCUGUGCGACUCAGAGUUUUGCGGAAUGGAGACAAAAAUAAAAACAGAUCCUUUACUAUCCUUGGUCCGGACAUCUCACCUGGACGGAAAAUGCAGUGCACUGAGAUUUUAAAUUUACCUUCUGCAGCUCGGAGAUUGUUCAAUGAAAAGGGGAAGGAAAUAUUUGCCUUAAAAGACUUACAAAGAGAUGAACUGGUGUAUGUUUCAUGUGGAGAACAUUGGAUCAAUCCUGACCUGUUCAUUGCUAAGCAAAAGAAACAAAUCUUCCUGAGGAACCUAGCAUCAGACAUUUCCAAAAUACAAAUGUUCUGCAGCACACAUAAAAUAGAAGCUCUUGUUUUAGAAGUCCAAAGUGACAUUGUAUCUGGAAGCAAGCUUGUGGUGCAUAAACCUAUAGCAGUUUUUGGAGAUGAGGAGCAAGUUACAGAACCAGAAGAAAUGCAAGUACAAAAAGAUGCUUUAACAACAGAAAAUGCUUCCAGUAAAAUUCUAGAUUCGCACGCCAGAGCCCAUCUUCGAAUGAAGGCUUGUGACACACUUCUCAGGUAUGCCUGGCAGGAAACUUUGCAUGAAUUUGAUGAGGAUGACAGUCUUCCAAAGAAAAUGGAAAAAGGGCUCUUUGAAAAUGUGGAACCACAGAAGAAAUACAGCUGUUCACCAAAGCAUAGUAAAUUGCACAAGCUUUGCCAUCAGCAGUUUGAAUACAGAGAUGGGCAGAUUAUAAGCCAUGCUGCUCCUCACCUAGUCUUGGGUGUUCAUGGUCCCAAUCUCCGGUCAGGCAUGGAGGUGGUUUUGAUGGAGAAGAAAUCUGAUAGUAGUCAUCAGCGCUGGAUACACAAGGAAGAUAGCAGGACAUUUCACCUGGUGAAUAACCCUGACCUUGUGUUGGCAGUGUCUAUGACCAAGACUAGAAAUGAAGUUUGUGGCUAUCCAGUUAUUGUCCAGAAAUACAAACCAUACAACAAUGGAGCUGCCAAUCAAAAGUGGCAUUACAUGAAAAACAUAAAAGCACUUGGGGCCUUUCAUAGCACUGCCUUGGAUAAGGAAAUCACAUCAGCAAAUUAUGCUGGUGUUUGUACAUCAUCUAUAAUUAAAGAAGAAAACAUUGAUCAACCAGGAUACUAUUAUCUCUCACCCGAUGGAAAGAGAAAAACUAUGCUCUGCUUGGCUUGUGGACAAUCCAUGAGAACAGAGAAGGGACUGAAACAAUUGCUUCCAGGGGUUACAUUCCUCUGUGUUUCAGGCUCCAAGACCCAAAAGCCCUCCUUACAAGGGCCGUUCAAGGUCAUCAAUGUGGCUGAGGUUGAUUUAUCGUGCGACGAGGCUGAAAAAACUCUAAGUUAUUACCAAGCACGUCUAUUGUCUUUACGGAUGAAGACCUGCACACAAGCUGCAUCUCACAGUGGCAUAGCAGCCAUGCGCCAGAAGGCAGUGAAAAUAAUUGCAUACAAAAAUGGGGAUGAAUAUCAUAAUGGGAAGUUAAUUGUGGCUGGAACAUUUCCCAUGCUUCUUACAGAAUGCACGGAGCAACUUGGGCUUUCCAGAGCAGCCUCCAAAGUAUAUACCAAAGAUGGAACCCAAAUCUUUACCUUGCGUGAUUUGGUUUUAUGGGCUCUAGAAGAAUCCUUUCUCCAGACAGACUCCGAUAAACAAAAGCAAGAUGUGGCUUCUGUUGGAAAAGAACAGAUAGUGGUUGAAAAAAACCCAAGAAUGAAAGUGAAAAACAGAUUAUUUCCAAAAUCUGUGACAUCUGAUAGUUUGGAUGAUAUAGAUGAGUCUUUGCUUACCCUCAUCCUCAGAAAUCCUAUUGCCAUCUGGGUAUCUUGUGGUGAACCAUUUCUACUUCCAAGUGCUUUGCAGAAAGCAAAAAAAUUAGAGAAACAGAACUGGCUUAAAAAGGACAGAAUUUUGGCUGAUCUAAACACCAUGAGACACAAAAUGAGACAGUUAAAAGGGCGGCGAGUAGUGGCAUGUCAGCCCGCCACCAUGGUUCCUACCAAAAGCCCUGUGCAGCCGGUGGUGGUUGAAGGAGGAUGGACCAAAAAGACUCAAGAGGAAAUUAAACUCAUGGAACUUAUAAGAAAUACAGAGGCGCACCUUUCUGAAGUUCAAGAAAUGGAAUCCAAAAGAAAUUUUCCAAUUGCAACUAAACAUAUAGCAGUCAAGCCGAGCAGCCUGUAUAAGCAGCCGAACACAAAACGAGUGUGGAUUUAUCUAAAUGGAGGCAGACCUGAAGAUGGCACUUAUGCCUGGGGUAAAACUAUUUCAGAGCUGCUAGAAGACUGCUCCUCUCGUCUCAAAAUGACCCACCCAGCCAGAGCACUGUACACCCCCAGUGGUGAGCCAAUUCAGUCCUGGAAUGACAUAGAGCGAGAUAUGGUCAUCUGUGUGUCUAUGGGACGUGGUUUCAGAACCCCAAAAGAGCUAAAACAAUUGAUGGAAAUCAGAGCAAAUUAUGCCAGAAUCCAAAGGCAGCAGUGUCCUCAAGCCACAGAUAUUGUGGUGUCACCAUCCACGAAGCUGCUGUCUCUGGCACAUCUCCACAAUUAACUCCUAUCAGAACCAUCAUUUUCUGCUGUAUUUUGCUG